AAAAUCGAAAAGUUUUCCUGCCGGAGAAGAAAAGGUAAACAAACGGUCAGUCCGGGAAGAUUUUCAGUCAAAGUUUUGAUAAUUUCUACUUUUUUGGGAAGAUGGACCCGACGUCUCUCUUCUUUACGAAGCUGAAAAAGCUGGCGGUGACUCUGGAGUCAGAAACUACGACGCUUCAGCGCGCGUUUGAGACCCGAAAACAGGACGGUGACAGCGAAACCGCGGCCAAAGCUCUGCGAGCGUAUCACGAGCUGAACUGUGACGUCAGGAGCCUGAAGGGGCAGAUCCAGGGUCAGCUCGCUCAGCAGAAAGCACGAGAGAACGAAGUGAGCAGCUUCAUUAACGCCUGCAGAGUGAUGGAGCAGAGAGUCAGUAAGGACAUCCAGACACUGAGGGCACACUGGAAAUACGGUUACCAAGCUCCCCGAGAGACGCAGAGACCAACCAAGGUCAAAGGUCAUGAGUCAGAGGCUGAAGAUGAACCAGCAGAUGCAGGUGACAGUAAGUCAGCAGAAGGAGAAGAGAGCCAGGAGGAGGCAGGAAGUGAUCACUCCUCAUCGCCUCCAAAAGUGGGUCCGCCCCCCUUCACUGACGCACUGCGAACCCCGCAGCUCUCCGACUUCGGUCUCUCUGAGAUGCAGCUGAAGAGAAACCUGGCCGGGGCCGAGUGGUGCUCCGAGGUGCCCCCCAUGCCCGAGAUGAGCCUCCCUCACCCUGCUCUCAACACGCCUGCACCGCCACCCCUGCCCUUAACCCCAAAAUGUGCCCUGCGGAUGGAUGACGAUGAGUUGCAGACACCUCAGAUGCACGACUUUGGCAUUUCAGAGCACACCAUGUGUCUGAACAACGACUUCACAAUGGAUCUGUUCCGCAAGAACGUUGAAAAGCCCCAAAGACCGUCACAGGACGCACCUGCACCGCCAGUCACCUCUCUAAUGGAGAGUUUGCAGACAAAAGCACAAACCCUGGAGUCCCCGGAGCCGCCUGUGUUUUGCACCCCGGGGUUUAAGAUCAAAAAGACAAACGGUCACUGCUCCCCAAAUGCCCAAACCAACGGUGACCCAGAGUCCCCCGGUCACCCCGGCAACCUUCCUACCACCCCUGAGGUCCCUGCGUUUCAAACUCCAUACGUGAACCGACUGGUCAGCACCAAAAAGAGCGCACGUCAGCCCGAAACGGUCAACAUGCAAACUGAUGAUGACACCCACACCUUCGAACUUCCAUCACCUCGAAACGGAACAACCGGCUCCAAACGCACCUGGGAAUACGACGUGCCAGAUAUCUCCAUCAUGGGUAUGGAGGACAAGCAGAUGCCCGAGAUGCCAAACCUGGAGUCGGUUUUGGGAAAUUCUUUACAAAAUAGAAGUGCAAAAAUGCUGAAGAAGACAAGUGAGCAUGAAAAGUUGACCAAGGAGCCUGCUGUCAACCGUCUGGAGCUGGAUGGACCCACUCAGGAGUUCAAAUUUGGGACACCGCGCGUCCACAUGUACGACCAGGAGCCCAGCACCCCUGAGAUGCCAGACCUCAGCUCUAUAACACAGGACAUCUGUAAACUUGUGUCCCAGGCUCAGUUGAAGAAGACUGCCAUGGCCGUCGUGCACCCAAAUGUCCGACCAGAAAAUGAUAAAAACAGAGCUGUGAGUCUGACUGUGGUGUCUGAGAGUGAGUUCAGGAGUUUGCCCAGCUACAUGAGGCAGAUGACUCUGAACAACCUGAACCAGGCGGUCCACAACAUCAACAAAUUCCUGGCAGAGUGUCCAGGAGAAAAGUCAGAGUUUCAGAUGGAGGAGCUGAGGAGGAUUUGCUGUGUUGGAACUAAAACGCGAGUUUACAUUCUCUGUCUGACCGAGCUGAAGAGGCUGAAGCAGAUGGAAGGAGCCAGAAACACCUCUGUGUACAAACUGAACGCACACAACUAAAGGUUGUUUGGAUAUAUUACACCGUCAGAUUUUUAAUGCAGAAGAAAUAGGGUCAGACUGUGUCACAUAACAUUUUUAUGUAAAGACAUUAUUAAAAUGACAACUUUUAGAAUCUGGAUCACAAUCAGUUUUGUUUGGCUGCAUUCAGACACC